UGAGGGGGUGGUGUGUUGUGGUGAGUGCAGCCUGUCAGUGAGCAGCUGGAUCAGCAGCAGUCCCUCCGCACCGCAGGAUGUUGCAUGAAGUUUUGUCGAUGCCUUCACUGUCAGGAGUCAUGAGGACACUUUUCUGUCUCCUUCUCUGGAAGAAAGCAGCAGCUCAAAGUGUGCAGGUGCGCUGCUCGGUGGGGCCGGUGGGAGCGCUGCACCCGGUUCAGGGUCGGCUGGAGCGGUUCGAUGUCGGGCCGGGCUGCGCUGCCAGAGAACGAGGAGACAAAGAAACUCAUGUCAUCGCAGUGGGGAGAGUUACAAACAGCCCAGAAAACAAGGUGACGGUGUUGCUGAAGCCUUUUUCUCUGACGCCUCUCAGAAACAUCCACCUGCUGCUUAGCUCCAAGAUACCAGUCAGCUGGUGGCUGGAGGCCGAGAAACUCCCCCCCAACCUGCCUGUACUGGUGCAGGUAUCUUCAAACUCCAGUGUGCAUACCAGCUCGCUGCAUUUAAAUGUCCAGACGGUGCAUUCACUGCCUUUUCAUCCUCGUGCUCUGCACCGCUGGGCUCUGAAACACCACGGAAACCUGUCCUCUUUCACACACACAACUCACGGAAACCGAGUCUACGUCCCACUGGGAGAAGACCCCAGCCUCCCUGCUGUGUGCCAGCUGCAGUCCGUGUUCCUCUCCAAUAGCUACGUGACCUCUGACCUGCAGACACAGGAAGUGCAGGGCUGCAGUGACGGUCCAUCAGGAGGGAUCAGUGCUGAAGUCCAUGUGAUCAAACUCCAUUCAGCGGGAUCAGGACUCUGUGG